AUGUCACAACGGUUUGAACCUGCCGCGGUUAUUCCGGUCGGCUCGCUCAUUCUCGUUACGGGCACGAACAGGUACCUGGGGUGCCGAUUCUCAAACACUCUAAUCCAGCAGGGUUACAGGGUCCGCGUUGUUGUGCGCGAUCUCGAGCGUUGCGAGCAUGUGAAGUCCUUUUUCGGUAAAAAGUAUGGCCCUGACGGGCGCUUCGAGAUGGUCCAAGUCCCCGAUCUAACGGCCGACGGGGCUUUCGAUGUAGCUGUCAAAGGGUGCGCUGGCUUUGUGCACUUUGCUGUCGAUAACAGCUUUGUGCCAGAUCCCGAGGUCGUUGUCAAGGGCUCGAUAGCGCUGACAAUAGGUGCCCUUGAGGCUGCUGCCGAGGAGCCAGGAUUGAAGCGAUUUGUCUUGACUUCCUCUUACAUCACCGCCUGUCAGUACUGA